AUGCCACCAAAAUAUGAAGAUGACCGUAGUUUAUGUUUUUGUAAUUAUGAUAGUGAAUAUUGUGGGGCGUUUUCGAAUUGGACUUGUAUCAAGCAUAUUGAGGCCGCAUGUUUUCAUUUCACGGAAGAAGUUUUUAAUGAUACAUCGAGAAAAAUGGAAACUUUGCAUCUUUAUGGUUGUGCGCCAUUGACUCGAGGGUCAGGUGGCUCUUAUUUUACGUGUAAAGCACACCUAACAGCUCAUGCACGGCCAAAAAGUAUAGCUUGUUGUUAUGAAGGAGCAUAUUGCAAUGCAAAUUUGACUGUACCUCCUUAUAAGAACGUAUCUCCUGAAGCAAAGAAGUUGAAGCCUUUGAAGCGUCCUUCGUUUGAUAUUCUUGAUAUUGGCGAUAAAUCUCCAAUGCUUCCUGAUAUCAGCAGCGGUUCUGGUUCUGGAUUUGCUAGUUUGAAUCAACGGACUGUUGCUCAGAAUCUUCAUUUUCUUUGUGUGAUAGGUAAAGGUCGAUAUGGCGAAGUAAAAAAAGCGCUUUAUAGAGGAGACCGCUUUGUUGCUGUCAAGACGUUUUAUACGACUGAAGAAGAUUCAUGGAAGAAUGAGAAAGAAAUUUACCAGACACAAAUGUUGAAUCACGAAAAUAUUUUGCAAUUCGUGGCUGCCGAUAUUGGAAGUGAGGAUUCUAUCACGCGAAUGCUUCUCAUUACGGACUAUCAUGAAUUUGGAUCUCUUUUUGAGUAUUUACAGAGAGGGCAAACACUCUCAGUUAGCGAAGCUUUGCAUCUGGCACAUAGUGCUGCAUGUGGUAUUGAACAUUUGCAUAGUUCACUGAGAGGUACAGGUACCCCUCAGAAACCAGCAAUAGCACAUCGAGAUAUUAAAUCCAAAAAUAUCAUUGUAAAGCGACCAGGAGUUUGUUGCAUUGCUGAUUUUGGAUUGGCACUGAGUGACGAUAUGGUGAAGAGUAAGGCAUUGAUCAACAUCCAAGUAGGAACAAAACGCUAUAUGGCACCUGAAGUUCUUGACAAAACAUUGAAUUCCAGAAAUUUUCAUCAUUUUAAAAUGGCUGACAUAUAUUCGUUUGCUUUGGUCAUAUGGGAAAUUCUUCGCCGUAUUCAGGAAGACACGUCUGCGGCAAGGAUAUCCGGUAGCGACAGUGGGAUUGGAUGUAGCGGUAGUGGUAGUAGUGGUGCAUCUGCCAAGAAUCUUUCUUCUAUUCAUUCUGUUGACAGUUGGAAUGCGAGUGUUAAAUCAGGCUUAUACAGACCAAGAACCUAUUUCCCUAUACAAACUUCAAUCUCUUCUGAUGACACUCUGUCAGUCAAAGCACGACCUGCUGUCCAACCCUUUGAUGGCAUCGUCGAUUCUGAUCCAUCUGUUGAACAAAUGCGUUGUGUUGUUUGUGUACAAGGGCAAAGACCAUUUAUUGAGGAAUCUUGGACCAGAGAUCCUUGUCUUAAUUGUAUUUGCGUUUUAAUGGGUGAAUGUUGGAGUGCAAAAACUGAGUCUCGACACACUGCUUUGCGGAUGAUGAGGACAAUUAAAGAAACUAUCAAGAAACAUGAACAGAUUGGUGCCUUUCAAGAUCUUAAAACGGUUACUUUUGAAACAAGUUUGUCAAAAUAA